AUGAAGGGAUCUGUUAGAAUAAGACUUGCACGAUUUGGCCGCAAGUUUCAGCCAGUUUACAACAUUGUAGUUGCUCGCGCACGUAGCGGUCGCAACAAACUGCCAAUCGAAGUGAUUGGUACUUACAACCCUAUUCCUGCACCGUUAACUGUUGAGCAGCGUGAGAAUGGUUUACGUCCUGUUAAGGAAAUCCAUCUUGAUACAGACCGAUCUAAGUAUUGGCUUGGUGUGGGAGCACAACCUACAGAACCUGUUGCACGGUUGUUUCGCAAAUUGGGACUGCUAAGUCCUGUAUGGCCUAGUCCUGCACGCGGACCUAAGAUUCCAACUAGAGAAACGGCUUCGGAAUCGCGGUUUGCUGAUGAGUAA